AUGAAGACCUCGAAACUAGCAAAAGAGACGUCGGCGCUCUUCAACAAGAUGGCGGCAUCAUCGCCGCCGCCGCCGCCGCCGUCACAGACCCGCCGGACGACGAGAUCUUCGCUCGCGCGGUUCGCAUACGCAUCGAAUUCAACGACCUCUACGGGGGAUUCCAAGGCGACAGCCACGGAAGCCGCGCUCCACGAUAUAAUCCUAGGCGUCGCUGACAUUGAAGAUGUUAUUCCCGAUCCGCCGAGCAGGAAACGGAGACGGGUUGUCAAAGAGGAGGAAGUACAAGGCGAGGAGAGUGAAAGUGCCACAGGCACAGCAGCAGCAGCACCACCGCCACCACCACCACCAAGAACGACAUCAAAAUCACGAACGAGACUCAAAACCGAACACAUCGAAACCGACGCCACAUCACCACCAUCCCCUCCAAAAGCCCGCAAAACCCGUAAACCAGCACGCACGAUCCGCGGCACAUCCCCUUCUUCCUCCACAACACACAUCGAACCCCCAACAGACUGGUCGCAAAUCUACAACACCGUCAAAGAAAUGCGCCUCCACGGCGCGGCGCGCAACGCCGCCGUCGACACAAUGGGCUGCGAACGCCUCUUCCACCCCGACGCCUCGGAACGCGACCGGCGCUUCCAUAUCUUGAUUGCGCUCAUGCUCUCGAGCCAGACGAAAGACACGGUUAACGCGGUGGCGAUGAAGAGGCUGAUGACGGAGUUGCCGCCGCACGAGGAGGGCGCGGAGGGGGGAUUGUGUUUGGAGAAUGUGUUGGCUGUGGAACCUGCGCUGUUGAAUGAGUUGAUUUGGGCGGUGGGGUUUCAUAACAACAAGACAAAGUUCAUCAAAGCAGCAGCCAUCAUCCUCCGCGACAAAUUCAACAGCGAUAUCCCCGACACGAUCGAAGGUCUCACCUCCCUACCCGGCGUAGGCCCCAAGAUGGCCUACCUCUGCCUGUCCGCUGCCUGGGACCGCACCGAGGGCAUCGGCGUGGACGUACACGUGCACCGCAUCACGAACCUCUGGGGCUGGCACAAGACCACGCAGCCCGAGGCGACGCGGCACGCGCUGCAGAGCUGGCUGCCCAAGGAUAAGUGGCGCGAGAUCAACUGGCUGCUCGUCGGGUUCGGCCAGACGGUCUGCUUGCCUGUCGGGCGCAAGUGCGGCGAUUGCGAGCUCGGGUUGGGCGGGUUGUGUAAGGCGGCGGAGAGGAAGAAGGUGAAUGAGGGGCGUAAGAUGAGGGAGGUCAAGGUUGAGGUGAAGGAGGAGGAAGAUGGGGACGUGGUCAUCAAGACGGAAGAGGUUGUCAAGGAGGAGCAAGUUGCGCGUGAUGCGGUUGUGAACCAAAGGACGGAGCAGCCGGAGCCGGCAUCGGAGCCGGCGGUUGGUGAUGAACCGGAUGCAGUUAGGACGACGAAAGCGGCCAUAUGA